UAAAGUUUAUUUCCUUUGGAGUUUGCAGGAGAGCUCACUUGGUGGAUUACCUGGGGGAAAACGUGCAUGUUUUGCUGGAUUUAACCUUUAUGUUGGAAUAUCAGCUUUAGAAUAGAUUUUUCUCUUCCACAUUUUGACAGAUCUAUUAACCCCACCUCAAACUUUGUAAGGGUUUGUGACCUGCGACAGGUUGCUCUUGACGCAAGCUUUCUGCCAUGGCAAACUCUUGCCUCCAACUGUGCGGCUUCAUCCUCAGCAGCCUCGGCUGGCUCGGGAUUGUGAUCGCCACGUCCACGAAUUACUGGGUGACGAUGUGCAAGUACGGUCCGAACACCUGCAAGAAGAUGGAUGAGCUUAUAUCCAAGGGACCAUGGGAGGAGUGUGUCAUCUCCACAGCUCUCUACCACUGCUCUGCCUAUACACAGAUCCUGGAGCUGCCAGCCCACAUCCAGACCACCCGAGCCCUUAUGAUCACAGCGUCUAUCCUGGGUCUCCCUGCGGUGAUACUUCUUCUCAUGUCGAUGCCUUGCAUCAGCCUUGGAAAUGAAGCCCAUAGCUCCAAGAACAAACGUGCCAUCGUGGGAGGAGUGCUGAUGCUUAUUGUUGCAUUCUGCGCUUUGGUGCCAACCAUCUGGUUCCCCAUCGGUGCCAACAUGGAGCCCGGCCUCAUGUCUUUCGGCUUCUCCCUCUACACCGGAUGGGUGGGCACCGUUUUCUGCCUGCUGGGAGGCGUGAUGCUAAUGUGCUCAUCAGACUCCUCCCCAUCGUCUUCGCGCACCUACCAGGACAACAACCAUUUUUACUACUCCAAACAGGGAGGUGGCAACCUGCCAGCGGCAUCUUCCAACAAUCACGCCAAAAGUGCCCACGUCUAGGGUGUGAGAGAUUGCCGGUUGCUUGUAUAUAGAGACAUUUGAGCAAAAACAACAAAAAAAAAGUUUUCAUAUGUUCAUGUUCAAUUCAUGUUCACUGUACAAUGUGAAGGAGAACAGACACAAAGAACUCGACUCAUCAUUCACGCCGCUACGAGAUUUAAUUGCAAACAGUUUGAGUGGAGCUUUGUUUCUGUCCUGAAGUGGCAAUUUUCCAACCUCCACAUGAAGGGUGUGGUGUGGACUCACCCCGCUGUUACAUAAAUAUAAUUUCUCCUUGUACAAAGCCUUGUUUAAUGAGUACACUAAUGACGUAAUCUGAUAAGGGCCUUUGUCACUGAAGAUAUUUUGUAAACCUUCUUAGUAUCAGGUUGUAUUGUUUUGAUCAAAUAUGGGAAUGGGAGUGUACUGUUUUGUUAAAAUGUGUUCCUAUUGUUUAUGUACAUAGAAUUUUUUUUUGACAGUAUUAAUAACUCACAGGUGAUGGACUUGAUUCAAACAAUUUAGCACUGCUUUCUAAAUGGAGGAUGGUAGUUGUAUGGAAAGAGACCCUAAAGGGAAGUUUUACCAAGCAGUGUUUUAAUCUCUGUAAAAGAAUUAGUAUUUGCACUGUAAAACAUUGUUUUAUUUUAUAUAUAUAUAUAUAUAUAUAUAUAUAUAUAUAUAUAUAUAUAUAUAUAUAUAUAUAUAUAUAUAUAUAUAUAUACUGACUUUAUAACAGUCAGCAUAUAGCAAAAAUGAAAUGUCACAUUUUGUAUUUUUACUAAUUGUGUUCUGUUUUAGGUUUAAUGAAUACUACUUUGACAUAAAAGCAUGUGCCAUUAAACAUUUCUCAACCAGGCA